CCGAGAUGGUGUCAUGGAAUGAUUGGAACGAUGGCAACUCGGCAGGGACACCGUGUUGAUCGCGGCUCAGGAUAUAGGUCGGAUUUCUUUGGCAUUUUAUAUAAGAGGCAGUAAUACCUUAUCUUCAUUUGUCGGUGACCAACCACAAACAAACCAGGCCUGAAGACCACAGCGCUACAUCGCAGACGGACGACGACAUCCAUUCUUCGGCUUACACACGUCUUACAAACACUUCAAGUGCGUCACCGAUCGAAACCCUUGUUCUUACUUCCCAUUACCAAUCCGUUGAUCGUCAACCCCUCCUCGUCAUCGAGCACUCGCCUUUUUACCCCCACGAGAAUCCUUCCCCAUCCGGCAUUCAUGCCGACCUCCAAGGUUCUCACAUCAGCAACCAACUUUAUCAAACCUUGGACUCUAUCAAAACUUCAUCAUAAACACUUUCCAGGCCUCACUUCACUCUUCACCAAAUUUUCAAGGUCCAAGUCAACCCACGGAUUCACAAACCCCGCCAAAAUGUCCACCGAACCAUCCGCCGCCGAAAAGAGCGCCGCCUUCGAGAAGGUCCUCAAGCGCAACCCUCACGGCGACUUCAAAGCCGUCGAAGCCUCUCGGCCCGCGUUCGACCCCUCUCCCAAAUUCACCUACUUCCAAACCCCCCAACCAGACUGGGCUUACGGCUCGGGCGCCAACUCUCUUGCUGCUUCUGCCUCUGCCGAGACCAAGAAGAAGGACGAGCAGCAGCACAUCGUCGUCGACCCCUACACCGAAGGCCGCCCGCCCGCAUUCAACUACAAACUGCUCAUCUCCGCCAUCGUCCCCCGCCCCAUUGCCUUGGUGUCCACCCGCUCUGCCGACGGCACGACCGAAAACCUGGCUCCCUUUUCGUACUUCCAAGUCAUCUCGCACGACCCGCCCCUCUUCACCUUGGGCUUCGCCUCGCCGCUCACCCCGGCCUCGCGCGCCAAGGACUCGUUGCGCAUCCUGCACGAGACGGGCGAGUGCGUCAUCAAUCUGAUGUCCACCCCGUUCCUCGAGGCAGCUAAUUCGUGCAGCACCAACGCCCCCUUGGGCGUGUCGGAGUGGGUGAUUAGCGGGCUGACGCCCGUGUAUGAUACGCAGACGGUGAAGGCUGCAAGAGCAAAGGAGGCCGUGUUUGCGGUGGAGUGCAAGUUGGUGCAUGUCAAGGAGUUUGAGUCCCGCUCGAAGCCGGGGGAGACGGGGUCGACGCUGGUGGUGGUGGAGGGGACCAAGUUCUGGAUUAAGGAGGGGGCGGUGAAUGAGGAGUUGAAUCAGAUGGAUCUAGAUGUGUAUAAGCCUGUGUCUAGGUUGGGAGGGAUUACGUAUGGGUUGGUUAGGGAGGGUCUGGAGAUUCCGAGACCGGAUUUUGAGAAGGAUAUUGGGGGUAUGGAGGGGUAUGAGAAGCUUAAGAAGGCAAGGGAGGAAAGGAAGGAGAAGGAGUAAUGGGGGCUGGUUUUUGCGGGUCUCUGAUGAGAUUUUCAAGUCCUAUAGAGAGCGAGCGAGUCUGUGAUAGAAAAUAGAAUAGAACAGCGAGAUCGGCAGGUGGAUAUCAAGCAAUGGAUGAUGGACAUUUCACGUUCAGAUUACAUCGAUCAGAAGACCCCUGAGAAGAAACGGACAAGAAGGCGCAGUAUACAGCAAGAAGCGUUGGAGGUCUGAUACACAUUCAUACGACUUGCGACGCGUGAACAAUAGGAAAGGGAAAAUGAUCGGUAGAAUACUUGAUGAGCUUUUGCCUCAACUUCACAUGAAACUGUGAUGGCACAUGCCAGCGCUUGUCAGUUCCUUGUGUGCUUCCAUCUGACCUGGGGUCUUCCAUCCCAUCGCGCACUUGUAUAUUUGAACUCCGUCCCAUCUUCCCACGUGUCUCUCUGGGCCCCCUCUAUUUUGUAUAUCUUGGAUACUUGGUGCUUUCCGUCAGAUCUUUCGUGCAAGAGCCUUCAGUCAUGUCCUUCACAUGUGCGUCUCAUUGGUCAGGCGGGCUCCGCACUGCUGGUAAUAUAAUGUAUCAUACAAUCGAUAUCUCUGGCUCGGUAUAGACCAAGGAGAUCCAUUCCAAUUUCUUGCGAUUGGGCUUAGGC